CCCCAGGAGCCACCGCCCCCUCGUCGUGCUGCGGUGUGCUGCUUGGGGUCCGCUGUGGCUGGGGCGUCUCGAUGGUCCCCCAGCUGGCGGAGUCAGGGGCGGAGGGAGGAUGACCUCUCCUUGGGGUCACAGUGCCGACCUGGCCCGCUUCUACACUGUCACCGAGCCCCAGCGACACCCCAGGGGCUACACAGUCUAUAAGGUUACCGCCCGGGUUGUCUCACGAAGAAAUCCAGAAGACGUCCAGGAGAUAAUUGUGUGGAAAAGAUACAGUGACUUUAAGAAACUGCACAAAGAACUAUGGCAAAUCCACAGAAACUUAUUCCGACACUCAGAGCUGUUUCCUCCGUUUGCUAAAGGGAUAGUGUUUGGGCGAUUUGACAAAACUGUUAUUGAAGAGAGACGUCAGUGUGCGGAAGACCUGCUCCAAUUCUCUGCCAACAUUCCCGCCCUCUACAACAGCAAGCAGCUCCAAGACUUCUUCAAGGGUGGGAUAAUUAAUGAUGGCUCUGCAUUAAUUGGUCCUGCUGAUGAGUACACAGAUUCCCUGCCUGACACCUUUCCUGAGUGUGGUACAGAAGGUUUCUCCAGUGAUAGUGACCUCCUGUCCCUCACUGUUGAUGCGGACUCUGUUGCAGAGGUAGAUGAUGGAAUGGCUUCCCGUCAGGGUUCUCCCAGUAAAACUUUUGGUCUGAGUCUGUCUGUGGAUUCUUCGGCAGCAGGGGCUGGCGCUUCUGACAGUGAACCGAGCAAAGCAGAAGACCGGGAAAGCCGGAGCCUCUUCCCCAGCAGCUUAAAGCCAAGGCUGGGCAGGAGAGACUACCUGGAGAAGGCAGGGGAGCUUAUCAAGCUGGCCGUAAAGAAGGAGGAGGAAGACGACUAUGAAGCUGCUUCCAACUUUUACAGGAAGGGUGUUGACCUGCUCCUAGAAGGUGUGCAAGGAGAGUCAAGCCCCACGCGCCGGGAGGCCGUGAAGAGAAGGACAGCUGAGUACCUGAUGCGUGCAGAGAGCAUCUCUAGCUUUCGGGCCACACCUCAGCUCGAUGCUGGACUGCAGCCUCCAGGAUCACUAAGUUCAAGGCCCCCUUGGAACCUAAGGAGCCCCGCCGAGGAGCUGAAGGCCUUCAGAGUCCUUGGGGUGAUUGACAAGGUUUUACUUGUAAUGGACACAAGGACAGAACAGACCUUCAUUUUAAAAGGUCUAAGGAAAAGCAGCGAGUACAGCAGGAGCAGGAAGACCAUCAUCCCCCGCUGUGUGCCCAACAUGGUGUGUCUGCACAAGUACAUCAUCUCGGAGGAGUCCGUGUUUCUUGUGCUGCAGCACGCUGAAGGUGGCAAACUCUGGUCAUAUAUCAGUAAAUUUCUAAACAGAAGUUCUCAAGAAAGCUUUGACAUUAAGGAAACGAAACCGACUGUGCCUCACCGCGUUUAUUUGCAUCAGCCAAAUGCUAGCCCUCAGGACAGCAGCAGCUUCGAGUCCAGAGGGAGCGACAUGGGGGGCAUGUUGAAGGUCCUUCCGCUGAAGACCAGUUGCACCCCAAGUUCUCAAGAGGAUAGCAACCAGGAAGACGAUGGCCAGUCCACUUCUCCCAAGUGGCCGGAUUCAGGCUCCAGCUCGGAGGAGGAGUGCACGGCUGGCUACCUGACGCUGUGCAACGAAUACGGGCAGGAAAAGAUUGACCUGGGGUCUUUGAACGAGGAACCCAUCAUGCUGCCUGGAGGGGAGAGUGCUGACACCCAGGCUGUUUUGAGCUUCCCAGCAUCCCUUGCUGCUGAUAGUCCGAGCCCCAGCACGCAGCAGCUCAAGUUCUCCCCUGGAGACGAGGACCUAGAAGCAUCUUGUUUCCCUCAGACAUCUGAUUCCCUCACCAUGUCAAAAAAUAGCCCUAUGGAGUUCUUUAGAAUUGAUAGUAAGGACAGCACAAGUGAACUCCUAGGACUGGAUUUUGGCGAGAAAUUGCACGGUCUGAAACCAGAACCUUUGAAAGCACUCUUUACCCUCGCGGAUGGAGAAGGAGACAGCAGGGUAGGGGCUGAGGCUCAGGACUCCAUCAGCAGGGGCUCGGAUGACUCGGUCCCGGUCAUUUCGUUCAAAGAAGCCGCCUUUGAGGAUAUCUGUGGUGCUGAGGCAGGAAGGCCCGACCUUCUGGUAAACCUACCCGGUGAGCCUCAGCCAGCCAAGGAGGCAUCAACGACGGACCCCACCAAGUUUCCGCUUGCCAGUGCAGGCAGGCUGGAGAGCAAACUGUUGGAAGCCCCGGAUGUGCUAUGCCUAAGGCUGAGUUCUGAGCAGUGCCAUGAGCCGGGAAAAGAAGGCCCAGAGGAACUGAGUGAUUGGGCUAGGUCCCUGACCUGUGGUGGUGUGACUCCAAAGCACCGCGCUCAUGCAGGUCCUGGGGUGUUAGGUGCAGCUGCUGUUGUUGAUCACGCCAGCUCAGGAGACCAGUUUCUGUUACCCAGCUCAUAUCCUGAGUCUGAGGGGCUGGGACAAGUGGAGGCCGUGGUCACUACACACGACGCAGGAGAAAGCCUGCUCCACAUUUCUGGUCCACACUCAGGUGCUAAGGGACACGGUGCACACCCAGGCACUGCCACAGUGGAGGAAGUGUUAUUGUUCACAGAGCACGCUAAAGAGGAACCGAGCCCUCUAUUUCAGAGACACUCUGAGACCAAGGAGCAAAGUGUGCUAGCCCUGGGAGGAGAGAAGGAAAUCCAUCAAAUUUUUGAGGACCUUGAUAAGAAAUUAGCGGUGAGCUCCAGGUUCUUCAUCCCGGAGGGCUGCGUUCAGAGAUGGGCAGCUGAAAUGGUGGUAGCCCUUGACGCCCUGCACAGAGAGGGGAUUGUGUGCCGCGAUCUGAACCCAAACAACAUCUUAUUGAAUGAUGGAGGACACAUUCAGCUAACGUAUUUUAGCAGGUGGAGUGAGGUUGAAGAUUCCUGUGACAGCGAUGCCAUAGCGAGAAUGUACUGUGCCCCAGAGGUUGGAGCAGUCACAGAAGAAACUGAAGCUUGUGAUUGGUGGAGCCUGGGUGCUGUCCUCUUCGAACUUCUCACUGGCAAGACACUGGUGGAGUGCCACCCAGCAGGAAUAAAUACCCAUACCACUUUGAACAUGCCAGACUGUGUUUCUGAAGAGGCUCGCUCACUCAUUCAACAGCUCUUGCAGUUCAACCCUCUGGAGCGUUUGGGUGCUGGAGUUGCUGGUGUUGAAGAUAUCAAAUCUCACCCAUUCUUCCAUCCAGUGGAUUGGGCAGAACUGACGAGAUGAGCAUCAUGUGGAGUGUUCUUCAAGAGACAGAGCCCCUUGUGACAGAUCUCCAGAAGUGUCUAGGCUUCGGUCACCUUCCAGCUGGUGCACCAGAGCCCUGGGACAAGACCAUAGAGGAAGUGAUGGGGCAGGAGGCUAACAGACUCCCACCCACCUGCUGUCUGGACAAGAGACUGGUGAACCUUGCCAGCAGUUGCAUUGCACUUGCCCUCCCCGAGAUGUGACGUAACUUGCAUUCAGGGUUUCUGGUGUGUUGCAGACGUGAAUGAGAAUGUCUGUGCAAACACCCCUGCUAGGAAGCUGUAAGUAUAGAAGGGAGAUUUACGUGUGUGGAGGUUCUUACCAUGGCAGCUAAUGGUGCUUCUGCUAUACAAGACUGGUUUACAUGAUUAAGUCGCUAUUUGCUGAGUAACACACUAAGUUCGUUUCUGUGACCAGGUCAUCUAUGGGCUGACAAUGUGAAGAGGACUGCCCAGUGCCAAGCAGGGCCAGGCUAUCUGAGGAAAAACACUCUUGCCAGCUUUCGACUUGCUGGUCGAUGCUGCUAACUCUUCGGGGCUCAUGGGAACGUGUCUGUCCUCCAGCCCUUCUCUUACCUGCUCCGUUUCCUGCGUUCUCUGCUUUUUCUCUUGGAUUCCACUUUAUUCUUCUGUCAACACACAAGCAACAAAAAAGGGAAGGGGUAUUUAUUCCCCCAAACUGUCAGUGUAACAAGACUAAGAAAUCAUGAUGUAAAAUAAAUGUGGUUAAAAUU